AUGUUCGAGCGACGAGCGGCCGACCGAUAUCGUCUACGGAUGCACCGAGCCCGGUCCGCAGUCCUCACGUCAGAUGAGAUUGUUGAGGUUCGUGCUGCCCAGCGAACCUUUGAAGGUGCCUACGUUCGGACAGCGCUCUCCCAAUUCUCUUUUGCUUUGGUCGUCCUCAAAAUCUUCACCGCCGAGUUCUACAGUAUUGGUGCGUUGUUCGCCAUCUACGGCACCGGUGUCCUGAUCAUCGGUCUGUUCCGCCGCUCCCAGGGCAAUCGACAAUUCUUUUCGGUGAUGGGCGAUGACGGCGUUCAUCGACAUAAAUUUCGGACUAGCGGCAACGCCGUGGUGGUUCUGACUGCGCUGAGUGUUGCGGCAUACGCUUGCUUGAUCGGUCUCACCCUGCACCUUGGCAGAUAG